AUGGCUUCUGGUUUCGGUCUCAAUGGCGGUCCCUCGCGCUGCUACGGUUUUUGGCAGGAGGUACUAGGAUGCUACGUUGUCAAUGCCGGAGAGGGUGAAGCCGGCAAGAAGAAGUGCAUGCCCGCUCUGGAGGAUUACUAUGAAUGCCUGCACCACCGGAAAGAGGCUCUCCGAACGAUGAAGAUGCAGGCCGCCUACCGCAAGGCCGAGGCCGCACACCCCCGUGAGAAUGCGCCCAAGGCAGAACAGAUUCGCAGUUUGGGUCUGUUAGGGAAGGAAGAAGAAGCGUCUGCAUUGCUGGCCAAGUCAUAAGAGGGGAAUUGUACGCAUAUCAAGGGGUGCGGUUACACGUUUGUCUUUAUACUACUACCAGUCAUGCUGUCGCUUUACCAAUGGAGUUUCCAACUGUACAGGAACAAAGCGUCCAGUUUCCGUCUGUGCCACUUACGAACUUUGAGCUUAGUGCAUCUUCGGUGGGAUGUCUACGCUUAAGAGCUUCACUAUUGUUUCAGGAGUCGGGGCUCAAGUGUCAUUGAGGGUUCUUCGCGAGGAAUCGAAUAUCGAUGAGUAAAUCCCGGUCUAAUACUCGGCGAAAUGGCUGGCUUAUAUGAAUAUCUCUGCCACUGUAUAGGUG